AUGCCGGAGCAGGAUAACAACGGUGCAAAGCCGGUGAUUGUCUUCCCUGAGGAUGGCAAGCGUCCACACGUUGACAAGUACGGCAUCACGUACAAGUACAGGCCAACUGACCGGGUAUAUCUCACUCCUUCAGGAGUCGGGGCUCAAGAAGGACCUUAUUACAUCUUUGAGGCCAAGGAUGGACAAUAUAGCCUUUCAGAGAACGGUUCACAAGCUAUAAAGAAUGGACAGCUGUUCAAGGAAAACGAGUUGACUUUGUACGACCCGUUUUAA